UCCAACGGACCGAUAACAUAUCCUCUGGCUGAAGAAAGAGCUAGCAAGGAAGUGAACUGUUUAAUAUUACUCGCGAAGUUAAAAGUCGGACAUGUCUCUACAGUUCAACACCCAGAUAGCUUAGUGUCACGGCAGAAGUUUCUGCCGGAGUAGAUAUUUCGCUGAAAGUGUGAGUCUUUGUGAGGAAUGAGCGAUACUUAUCAAGGAAGUGUCGCUGCUGGUAGCGAGCUAGGCUGCUAGUCGUCGUUAGUUCUUUGUUUUGUUUCUGAGGUGGAGGUCCGUGUAAACAUGACUCGAAACUAGUGUACAUAACACCUUUAGCGUUAAACGUUGGUGCCGGAGUUUUUGCAUAAUUAUGUCAAGCGUGUCUUUGGCGGUAGGUUGUUGAACAGUGAAUGAGUAGUUUCUGUGUUGUUAUUAAACCGAACUAUUAGCCGCCGAGAGCAACUUUAGCAGCAAAGAUCUGUGGCUUUUUUUAACGUCGGUCGGGAAAAAGGACUGGAGACACGAAGAUAUGGGCAACUGUCUCAAGUCCCCGACGUCAGACGACAUUUCCCUGCUUCAUGAGUCCCAGUCAGACAGGGCGAGUUUCGGUGACGGGACAGAUCCAGACCUGGAGCCUCCUCCUCCGUACCAGGAGCAGGCUCACAUGCCCAUGUACCAUCCCACGCCGAGUCAGGCCCGCCUGGCCACCCAGCUGACAGAGGAGGAGCAGAUCCGCAUAGCUCAGCGCAUCGGCCUCAUCCAGCACCUCCCCAAGGGCGUCUAUGAUGGAGGGAAAGACGGCUCGGAGAAAAAGAUCAGAGAAUGCGUGAUCUGUAUGCUGGACUUUGUUUAUGGGGACCCAAUCCGGUUCUUGCCAUGUAUGCACAUCUACCACAUGGACUGUAUAGACGACUGGCUGAUGAGAUCCUUCACCUGCCCCUCCUGCAUGGAGCCCGUGGAUGCUGCCCUGCUCUCCACUUACGAGACCAACUGAUGCCCCCCUCCUCCCUUACCCCCCGUCCCUCUUACCCCACGCUUAGAUAAUUGUCCCCUCCGGCUCCCAAACCCAACAGCUGCCCUCUCGUAGAGUGAGAGGAGCUGAAAAGAAAACGUGUCGGCUGUUUCGUUGCACUUUGAAAAUUUCCAAAUUCACCCACCAAACGUUGGCCUUUCAUGCCCUCAGAUCUGGUUCUAAAUAAGCUGGCGUAAGCUUGACUCUGAGUCACACAUGUCAUUAAGAGACUGUUUCCCCGGUGACCCUGCAUGAUUGUGUUUGUAUGUGACGGUCAUGUGGAUGCUUCGUCCAGUGUUGCCGCUAACAAGCGAGCAUGUGUGGUUCGUUUGUGUGUGAGAUCCGUUUGGUGACUGUGCACGUCCACUCGAGCUGGUCUCAGUGGCAGUUUCUCCUCAGCCGACCCCAGCUCACCUUCACCCCAGCCGACCGUGUUUUAAAUGGACAAUUAGGUUAACAAAUUAUUGACCAAACUGCUGAGAAGUGUUGCUACAGACGUGGUGGAUUAAAUUUCCCGUGGCCGUGCUAAUCCUUUGGAACAUAUUGAUCUCCUAAACGUGCUAACGCAUUAAAAAUGACCGUACACUUUGGAAAUAUGGGAAUACAUGGUGGAUGUUUACACUUUUGGUGUAGAGGAAAAACUGAGGCUGUUGUUCUUCAGAAAAAAAAGAAAUAUGCACACACUUAAUAGAAAUACGUGCAAAAAUAUACAAUGUUAUACUUUAUGGAGGUCAAUACUACACAAUAUUCGUCUUUGGCCACUUCUUUAAAACUGGUUUUAGGCAAAAAAAAAAAAAGAAAAAAGAGGAUGUGAAUGUUUCACUAGACGAUGUGUAAAGUAGCUGACAGCCAAUGUAAAGGGCUCAUACGUGCAUGGGCGGGUGGAUCAGUUCAGUCAGAGAUUAGAAACGCUUGCACACACUUUUCAUCUGAUCCAGAGAUUUGCACUUUACUUAUAGGACAGUAUCUAAAACAAUAUAUUAAUAUAUGUACCUUAUACUCUUGCACUAUCAAGACUUCAUUCCUUUAUCUCCUGAGAUGCAAAAGUUAUAUAACAAUAUUUUCAAAGCUGUCAGUACUCACUUAUCACAUUGAAGUAAGCCUGAAGAUGCAUUUCAUGAAAAAAAUGUCAUUCAGUAGCGUGAUUGUCCACUUUGUUUUGUGAUUAUUAUUAUUAUAUUUUUGAAUCUUGUGUCUGAGGGAAGGGACAGAGGCUUGCUCAAGGGUAAAUGAAUAGUUUGACAUUUUGAGACAUUUGCUUAUUCCUGGAAAGAAUGGUCCAGAAUGAGGGCUGGGAACAGAAAAAAAGGUCACCUUGUUUUGUUUUAGUUUGUUUUUUGUUUUGUUUUUUGUCUGGGAGAUUCAGUUUGUAAUGAGUGUAAUGUGUGUUGACUAAAAAGUUUUGUAAGAAUGGCAUAUAAGAUGUUAGCACCAGAUUAGCACGCAGAUUAGUAUGUAACCCUUUUAAUCUGAUAAAGCAGGGCAGCUGGCGAUUUAGCCUUCAGAACUUCUCAAACUUCUUCACCGAUUCUCAAAGAAUUAUAUACUCGACACCUCUGCUAUGCUUCUAUACAAGUUGUUGAAGUUUGGACAGAGCCAGGCUAUCUGUUUCAUCCUGCUUCCGGCCAUUAUGCUAACUUUUACUAGUCUGCUUAACAAGGAGACGUCACAGCUGUGGUCAAAUCCCUUCUCUCUUGUCAAAUAAUAUCAAACUACUAAGAAAUGGGAAAAAAAAAAGCUGAAUCCACACUAAUACAGCUUCACUAUCUACACAUUUUAUUAUGCUAUAAUUCGUAUUUUUUGUUUAAUUUCCAUUCACUGUAGCAGUAAUUGCCCUUUUUUUGAUUCGUGACAUAGUUUGGUGUUGGUGCGUUUUCAGUUACCUGUGUUUAAAUCCGCUGCCUUUUUUUAGGACCCUGAGUUUAUCGCCUUUACACUGGUUCCAGUUCUUAUACCGGUGCAAACCUCUGUCCCAGCUGAGUGUGAGAAACUUCUCCUAAUGGUGUGACAGAUAAAACUGAGAUAUCAUGAUUUCCACAGAGCUUUCCUUUGCUGUGUGUUUUGAGUUUAUUAUAAAAAUUUCCUGUAAUCUUAUUUCAUUUCUUUUUUGUAAGGCUAACCAGCCCUGUGUAAAAAAAAAAAAACAUAAAAAAAAAUAAAAAAUUAAAUAAAUGAAUAAAGAGAAAAACUA